UGAGGAUGCGCGGAGCGGAUUCACCAUCGAGGCCAACGGCCGGAUAUUUGGUACUGCAGCUAGUUGCGGGCUUUGCUGGUGCUAUACUGCAGCAGUUCUUCUUUCCUGCCGUGGUGGCAUCGCGGCCCACGGUUCCAUCUUCCGGUUCCGAUGGGAAUAUCGAGCAGGGCGACGGCGGAAAUUCCGCUAAGCAGGGCGGUGGAAAGCCGAGGAACCAUGAUUACGACUUCGUAAUCCCACAGUGUGAGGAAGUGCUUUCGUCUUAUCGUUUCUGGUUACGCACGCACCAAAAGUUUUGGAGCGCAGACCUGGAGCUAUCUCCGAAGUGGGUUCGGGAUGGCAGAAGUUUUCCGCAUUGCGUUAUGCAGGAAGCCCUGGCGUUGAAAAGCCUUUGCGAGCGCAUGCAUCGUAUCAUUUUUACGGAUCUUCAGGCACUGCACGACCGUUGCGAGCCGAAGUUCCACCCAGCCUUCGGUGCUGGGCGAAGUCGGUGCAGUGCCGAGCAGCUCUGGACGCGCCUAUGGACGGAAUCUCGUGGGGACGACACGUUUCUGGGAAACAUGGGAGUGCUCCUCGAACCCAAAGGGUGGAUGAAGCCAGCUUCCGUACUUCGAGUGGCGCAGGUAGAAGUUGCACCAGAAAGAGCCGCUGCAGACGCUGGAGCCACCUCCAGUUCUUCCACGCAAAUGACAAGUCCAGACGAACACCACCUGCGGGAAGACGGUGGACCCAGUUUUAGUAGAGCAGCAAGAGAUGCUGAAGUGGAGCCUGCGCAACAGGCAAGUUCAGAAAGCAACCAAGGAGGUGGAGGGGACCACAACGGGGUGGAACAAAGCAACAACGAGGAGAAAGAGGAAGAGGAGAGCUUUGAAGGGAGCAUGCGCGACAUUCUGCAGCGGGAUCCCUGGCAUUAUCUGUGGGAGCACCGAAUUUUGUCGUCUACGCAGAACAUCACCCACGUGCUGCCGCAGCCGGUUUUUCUGCCAAGAAAUUGCACCUACGCGAUGCACGAGUCAAUCGAGCGCCAGGCGCCACUGUUCUGGGUGAGUGAGCACUUGAAAGCGUGGGAGGAGUGGCGCGAAGACCGCGACAUCGAGAAGCAGUUGGAGGAAGCCCGAGGCGAAGUGUCGGCACCUAUGGAACUCUCAAACGCGACAUCGAUCGCUGUUACAUGAUUUGAUGUCGUGCAGAGUCAGAGUCUUCACUGACGUUAACCCUUCACGACACGUCGAUCAAGCUACUUCGCACGACAAGUUUGUUCUCCACGCACCACAUAGCACCGAAAUUUUUGCCAAUGUCAAAUAAUCUGUAAAUACUUAAAUGCAAGACCCGCGGCAAGCUUUCCCUUGCAGUUUUGCUAGUAUUCUUGCACAUACACAAGGCAUGCAACAGGGAUCAAUGUAACGCUUGUUGAGAGCUCCAUAGCACCACGUGACGCCGUCUACGGGGGGACAGGCACGCUUCUGGUUGACGAAGAGAAUGACGUUGUUCGCGAAGUGGUGCAUAAUUUCGGGUAUGCGGAGGAACACAGCGACGACCGCAACGGACCGGGCUUUAGGAAAAAGCUUUUAGGGCACGACGACGAAGCAGACUCCGAAUUUGCUUCGCCGUCCUCAGAGGACCUGAGCGAAGAUGCGGAACGCAGUAACUUUGGAAAUGAUAAUGUACAACGUACGGGCACUAGAAAAUCUCCACAAGGCAGGCGCCCUCCGCCCUCUUUGAGUUUGCUGCCUCGCGAACGGUGGCCGCGCUCUGCAUUCUCGAGGACGAGAAGUAUAGCCGCGGGCGGCGCUGGAGCUGGUACGAAUCCGGUCCGAGAUCGCACAGUUACUAGCGAGGAAGCUCGGCGCAACGGGGAGGCCACAGGAGCGUUCGUUUCUGAUGUCACGUCCAGGCUAAAAAGCGACGUAGAAUUGAAAUUACAACAGCACCACUCAGCUCCCCUAGCCGCCGAUUAUCGCGAGGUGCUUGCGGGCGGCGAGACGUUUCAAGAGGUUCGGCACGUUCUGAUGGACCUGCGACGGGACGAGGAGGAGGCUGUUCGUGGCAGCGUGAUUGGGAGCCGUGUGCAAACGCUAGCCGCUCUGGAGGCCAGUGGGGAAGACCGAUUACUGGUGGAAAUGUCGGGAUUCCCCCGCACCGGAAUCUACACAGUCGCCGACGUGUGGCAUGCAUGGACGGCCAACUUCCUUUCGCACUGGGACACGCUGAUUGAAACUCUGGAAUUACGACACUACGCAGAGGAAACGUUCGGUUACCUGUCGCCCGCGGCAUCGGCAGCAAGCGAAGCCGAAGCGGAUAAAACAAGUGCAGCGGCACCGCCAGCUGUGUCCGUAAUUAAAACUGAUUUGGCGGCUUACGGCAGCGUUCGUUUUGCGCAGCCGCCGGAUCAUGCGAGAAGAUCGGGGCAUGAUCUUCUACUGCCGACCGGCAAAAACCUGCGGUCCGGCUUCAACAUGUUUGAUCUUCCGCGCGAGCGCACACGGGGCGCGGCGGACCGACGCGUAACAAAGGCCUCUGAGGUCCUUUGCACCCUGCUCCAGAAGGCGGUCACAGAAAAGCGGAUCCUGUUCGGUCGUCUCCUCGAGAAGACCCGACAGUGGAUUUUGUACCCCACACCGAAAGACUUCACAUUGCUGAGUGAGCGCACGCGCUCCGCCGACCAAGGUGGCAUCUUCGAGGGAGAUUUUCAGAUCAGUACAAACGAAGAUGGAGAAUUCAGCCUAGACACCGCGAUGGACGCCGUGUUAGCUGGACUCCGGUUUUUUGCGAAGCAGCAGGACCAGGGGCGGGAGAACCAGCAAGGCGGGGCCCCGCUGGAGUAUGUUCCGAUUGAGCACUGGUACUCGGCGAGGCCAAUUCUCGAGCAAUUUGGCCAGGAAGCGCGCAACGUGGCGCACCGCCUCAACCAGUUGCAAACCUUCUUGUCUAAACAAGAGAACAAGGGCGCCGCACGUGAACCGGACGACGACGACGACGGAAAAAAUGAUCCGGACGCACGCAGUCGAACAGGAAGAGGCGGUACUAACGAAGACGAAGAUGUUGGUGAUUCUCUACCUCCUUCCAAGGCGGAGCAGAGCAGCAUUGACGAGCGGAGUAGAGUAGAGGACGAGAUUACGCCGGUCGCGAUACAUCUUGCCGAGUCUGUGAAUUUCGCACUGAUGGAGAAACUGCGACAGGAGGUCUUUUUGUUUCUGCGCAAGAAGCUGAUGCAAGAUGCGUACUUGCUGCGCGUCGCGGAGAUCGGCAUCUUCCAAGGGAAAACGACAAUGGACGUUCUCGCGCGAUGCCAACUACCGGGCUGGAUCCUGAUUCAGUACCAUCUGGUGGACCCCUGGCUGCAGGAAAUGGACGAGUUUCGACUGAUGGCCGAAGUGACGGACGUUUCCGAAUCGGCCGACACGGUCUACGAAUCGGUGAUAAGGAAUCUCACGCACUUCGCCACCAUGACCAACGACCCUGAAGCCGAGGAUCAUCCUGAAGAUGAACGAUCGCGAGGAGAUCAUCCUGAAAAAGAACUCGUAGCCGCUGCUCAACGUGAAAAUCACAAGCAAGAACAAGAGCACGUUGUAGAGGAUGAUGUUCUACUUGAAGACAGCAGAAGCACUAGCACUUCAUCUACAUCUGCAAUCUCAUCUACGAGCACUGCAAGAACAGCAUCGACAAGCAGCAUCGCGAGCCGAGAAGCCGCGCCAUCAGAAGUGGUCAAGCCAGCGGAACCGGUAGUCACUCCGCAAAUUCUGCUGAGGCGUGCCCGCCAACGGUACCGGACACAGAUCCCGGGGCCUUUCAUCGUCGAGGAGAACCAGCGCGUCGGCCGUGACAGCGUAGGGCUAUUCGUUCAUCGCCGCAAUAGCAUGAGAGCCACCCACAACUUGGAAGACCUAGAUGUGGUGUUUCUCGACGGAGAUCAUUCCUUGCAGGGCUUCCUGCAGGAUAUGUACGCAUACGCCGCGAAAACCCAAUACUACGCCUCGGGGCACGACUUCAAUUUGGCAAAUUUUCCGGGAAUCGGGCUCUCCCUGUUACACAGCCGCACACCCGGAACCCCACCCUAUAACGCGUUUGGCCAUCGGUACGCUAAUUCUACCAUCUACGUUGACAGUGAUUACGUGUGGUGGAUGCGUGUCGGCAGCGAUAAGUUCGACCACGUCGAGUAUUUCCCCAGCUGAACACUGACUUGUUGCUUGUUGUAAAAGCAUUUAUUCCCCAGCUGAACCUGAACGCCGAGGAAAGACAGCGGCACCACAACUCGAUAUUCCGAUGGGCCCUGGCGGACGGAUCCGUUCACGGACGUUGUUGACACUUCUGUACGAUUUCUGUUCGAUUUCACAGGUUCGAUGACAUGUAUGAAGCUCUUCAAAUUUAAAGCAUUCAUUCUUCUUUAUCAUCUAGAAAGAUGGGAAUCUUGCCGUUCCGGUCGGAGAGAGCGACGCGAGUCGAUGUUUAUUUGUUUUUGCUUUCACAGUCGCAGGUCUGCGUCUACCUCUUGGUGGUUCAUUG